CGUCCACGAACCACCAUCUCCAGUAUCUCUACCCGCUUUGAGGCUGCGAGGUCGCUCGAGAACCCACACAUUCCUUUCCUUACCACUCUCCUAACAAGGAAUUUUCGUUCUUUUUGCAUUCAGAAAACACCAAAAACAGAAAUCCCACUCCACUUAUCAUGCAAGUUGACGGCAACACACCUGAAGAUGUUGAAGCACAGAUUCGUUUUGAAUCCUUCAAACUAGGAAAACCCCGACCAACGCACUCUCAUGCCCGUUCUCAUUCACGUAACGCUUCAAUGUCAUCUUUUUCUUUUGGUACUUCGAAAUCACAGCCUACAAACUUAAACGAACUCUCUACUCCAUCCACGAAGCGCAACUCUCACCACCGUCGCCGUUCCUCUGUCUCUACUCGCCAUGAGUCGGCGGAGAUGAUGGGUGUGGCCGUUCCUGACCUACCCCAGUCCAACUCGGAUGAUAACAUCGCCUUCGGCGACAAAGAUUCCGUUCGUCGUCGAGCACUUCGGGCUCUGGAGGGAAAGCAAGAUGUCUCCUACUCCAAGGUUGAAAUCCCUGAAUUGGAGAUGUCCAGUAAUGACAUGCUUGGCUUUGAAUUUCCCUCGAAACCGUCUUUCCCCCCGGGCUCAGGUGCAGGGUCCAGCCUGAGCUCUCUUAUAUCCAGUAAACGAGACUCGUUCAAAUUGCUGACAGCCAACUCCUCGUCCAAGGAUCAAUUGCAUACACUUGUGGAAGAGGACGAAGACGAGGAAGAGAGUUCAAGCUCCAUUCCCACUCAGUCCACGUCACCGCUACCCAUCGAGCCGUCUGUGCCCUCAAUCAAGCCCCUUACGCCGAGACCACGUCCCGCAAGCCUCAACCUUCGUCCCCUUUCUCUCACGCCCGAUAAUCUAAACAAUCACAACUCCGGGCUCCCAACUCCCGUUCCAACUCCCAGCCCAAUCCAGCCUCGUUCCGGUCUUCGAUCUCUGUCAUUGGCAUCUGCCCCUUCAAUGAGUGCCACCCGUCGCCGACCUGCACUAAACCUACAAAUAGCCUCCGAUGGGUCGAUUGUCAAACCUGACGACCCGAAUAGCCCAGACACUAGAGCACUACCUCGACGAAGCAGUAUCUCUUACAGGUCAUCGUCGACAUCCUCUACUUCAUCCAAUCCUGGCUUACCAACACCUGAGAUGACCCCGACCUUUGCUCUCGACCGCAGAUUUUCACUGAAUAGCAACGAUGACGACGAUGCAUUUCCAACGUCCGUGUCUUCAUCUUCUUCGUCGAGUCGGAGCCAAAGUCAAACGCGACCGCUAAGUGUUAGUGAGCAGCAUUUUUUAUACAAAAGUCACAACGCUCUCUUGGCCAGAAUCAUGGAUUUAGAGAAGGCCCUGACCACGCGACAGCGUGAAGAUGGGUCCAGACCUAUCUCUAUGCUGUCUGAUGCGUCGUCGUCGUGCGUUAGCAACGAUGAAGAGAUGUUCCGUCUUGUUUCGGAUCUGAAGGCUGAGAGGGACGAAUUGAAGCGUGACGUCGAUGGCUGGAGGGUCAGAGUGGCUGACAUGGACAAGCAGUUGGUCACCUUUGCCAAACGUGUCGAAAGUGAACGACGAGAUGCUUGGGUAGCCAGAACGAAAUGCGGCAUGACCGAGAUGGAACGCGCAAGGUUGGAGAAGGAGGUAGAGCAACUUAAUGCUCAACUUCUUUUACUCAAAGAUGAGACGAAGACUCUAACGGUGCAGGUUGACAAGUUGUCGAGCGAGAAGGAGGGCCUGGAAGAAGAAGUGAAGCGACUAAAGGCAUUAGCGGAAGCCGAGGUUGAUGUGUUGGCAACUCCUACCACGCAAUUCACUCCCUUCACUCGCAAGCGGGACAUUGGGAUGUCCUCUCUCGACUCUGCCAACAGUUCUGUCACGGACGUCGAUGGCGAUUCCGACUUUUCUUCUACCUUCGGCUUCAGGUUAAAGGCUGUUGCUGAAGAGCCUGAUGAUAUCAUGUCCGAUGAAGACAAUGGCCUUGCUGGGUACGAGGAUGAAGAAGAGGAUGACAUUGACGUGUCAAAUAGUCCCAUCUCGGACGAUGAUUUUAGUUCUGAUGAUGGCUUCCCCAGAUCUGUCGUGACUAUGGAAGAAGGGACCCCAGUUGUCAAUGUUAUAGCCCCCUCGAGGUCUUGCUCACCAGGGCUACCAACCCCCGUGCGUACGCCGCCUUCGCAUCAAUCUCGUGCAUCUCUGUCGAAAACAUGGACAUUCCCACGUGGCACCCCCGUCUCUCAACCCAUUAAUAACAAAGAAAACGAAGAAAUUGAUCGCUUCUUUGGUUGCCUGGAAGAACCAGAUGACGUGCCUGUCGCAGUUGCCGAAGGAGAAUCAACAGAGGACAUAUACACAUUUGAGCGAAGCAAGAGUUUGUUCGCAAGCGGCUUUAAGUAUCAGGAUGAUGUGCCGCCUUGGCUCCUUGGCGGCGCCGAUGAGGUUGUUGACAAAUCUCUCGAUGUGGUCAUUGAGGAAGACGAAGAAGAGAGUGGUAGUGACAUGACCCGUGUAGAGGAAGAAGAGGUCUUUGGUGAUGCCGGAGGUAUCAAAAUUACUUUUACUCCUCCCAUCGAAGAUACUGCAUCUGUGCCUUCAGUUCCCGAAACACCUAGCCCAAAAGCUUCCGUGAAGCCCGUUCCUUUACUGGCCGACUUUGAGGAGGAUGAGGAGGAGGAGGCUGUCGCUACACCUCCCCUGGGCUUCUCUCGACCCACUUUAACACAAAUAGCCACCCCUCCUUCUUCGAUACCCCGCCCAGCAGCGACACCUUCGGGUAUUCCUCGCUCUAUUUCCAGGGAGCAAUCCCCUUCCCUUUCCCGUUCUCCGCCAAAGUUCAUGACCCCUCCGAACAAGCGUGGGGGUUCCAUGCCCUCUUUUAUCCCCCAACCGGUUUCUCUGUGCUCACCAAAACCGCGGGCGUCUACAACAUUCAUUCGCCAGCCACCACGCAAACCCUUGCUACCUUCUAAAAUGAGUAAUGGUAACAAGACAUCCUCAAAUGGUUCGACCUCCAAACUUCAAUCAUCCACCAUGAUGAACAACAGGAUAAACAUGCUUCCCAGAUUCUCCGAUGACUUAUCGGCGUCCCCAGGAAGCACCUCGUCGCGGGCAGGUACCAGCCCGCAGAUGAUGAGCGUGGAUUUGGGCAAUCGCGAUGUCCCACGUUGUGACGAAAGCCCCAAGCCUGCGUCGUUUUCCGGACUGAUGACGUCUCCUCUUACACGAUUCUCUUCGCUGACAAGUUUCAUACCAUUGCCAUGGUCGCCACGAUCUAAUACAACGGAGAGUUUUGUGGAAAGUAAAGCUGAAGUCGCAUCCCCCUCCUCCUGUUCAGGAGAGAAGGACAUUUGUUUCAAAAGAAGCGACAGCUGGAGAAGUUGA